AUGGUAGAAAGUUCAGACGAGGUAGUUGUAGUUGAAGCAGGUGUCAUUGGGGGAAAGAAUGUUGCGAGUGAUUUUAUCGAAGAUGACAUAGACAACUUUCUUGAAAAAUCUGAGCUUUCUAUCUCUACUAAGGUUAGGGCACCCACUUCAGAAGAACGCCCUAAUGAUUGUCCUAAGGGUUGGGUAGUCUUGUAUGAAUAUCCCUUCAAAAUUGGCUACAAAUUCCCCUUAAAUUCCCUAAUGACACAACUCCUCUCUGUCAUGCAAGUAAGUCCUGCCCAAAUUAUGCCCCUAGUCUGGCGGGUGGUUCAUGUAAUUGACAAAUUGGCCCAAGAUGCAAACAUGGAAUUCACUCUAGAGGACAUUUUAUACAUGUACGAAAUCAAGAGGGUAGAAGUUUCUAGAUACACUUUUUUCUUAAAACCUGGGAAGCACUCCUUAGUGGAGAAUUCUGGGGCAAACGACAGAGGGUGGAAGAAAAGAUACUUCUUUGUAAACAAGAAAUCCAUGGGAAAAAGUUUUGAUUACUUACAUGACGGAUGGAACUCCGAAGAAAUACUACCUCUACCCGUCGAAGAAUCAGUCUACAGUAGGACCAAAAUUAACCAACUCCUCAAGAAGUACUCCGCCAAGGAACGGAUGUUCCGCAACAAGUUUGAAUUGACGCCGUCGGACGGAGAUAUCUUGCCCCAGUCCACAGAAGAACACACUGCUAACACCAACGAACCUACCAACGACACGAGUCCAUCCAUGGCAUCAGAGAUGCUGGAACGGGCUAGGAAGAGGAAGCAAGCUGCAAGUACUUUGACUGUGAUGCCGUCAUCCAUGGGUGCUCCCAAGGCCACCCAAAAUUCUCUAGCCUUGCGUUCUGAUGCUAUCACCUUGGAGAAGGAGUGCAAGACACUCCGUGAGAAGUUGGAGAGAUCUUCGUCGGCUCUAAUGGCGGCAGAAAAGAAAGUAACAGAACUAUCUGCGGAGCUGGCUAAGGAGAAGAAUCAAAACGCUAGCCACGUGGCUAACAUGACGUCGAUGAAGGAGGAGACGGACGCCACGAUAGCUAACCUCCGCGAGGAGUUGAUGGACGCUGCCAGCCGCUACACUUGGAAGACCAAGGCUAGGCUGAUGAAGCAGUUCUUAGAUGGGCAGACGUCAAAGUGGACCCCUGAGGCGGACAUUAGGCAAUUUCUGGAGGUGUUCAGGACGCAAGAAGACCUAGUCCCUGAAGGUGAAAAUAGUGUUGACGUCACAGCAACUGCUGAUUCUGGCGUCAACACUGAAACCGACGGCGUCGCCUGA